CGUAUCUCUGCCUUCCUCCGGAUCGCCGGAAGGCCUACUGUCCUGCGAGGUUGAGGCCUGCCCCUCCCGUACUUUACACCCACCCACGUCCCCAGAGGGGAUCCCGGCGACUCGGGGGUCCAGAGAAGCCGCCUCGCGGGGCCUUUCCUUGACUCCGCCGCCUGGAAGAGCUUCGGCCGGGCUCGCUACGCCUCGCUCAGGCCGGGAGACUUAAAGGGGAGCUUUCCUGCGGGUUCAGUCCAGCCGCGGUCCUCGAGAGUGGGCGAUGAGCUUGGCGGAGGCGCCGGAGGUGGAGGCGGGAUGGCCGCCCGGAGCCUUGAACGACCCCGCCUUAGAUCUUAAUGAUAAUUCCCCUGAUGAAGCCAUGGUAAAUGACUUUCCUAUCAUAGAUAAGAAAGCUGUGGAACAGCUAACCGAAGGGCUGAUCUCACACUACUUACCUGACCUACAACGAUCAAAACUAGCCUUAAAAGAACUCACACAGAACCAAGAAGUACUAUUAGAAACCGUACAACAAGAAAUUUCAAAGUUUAAAGAAUGUAACUCAAUUCUUGAUAUCAACAUGCUGUUUUCAGAAGCGAAAUACUAUCACAAUAAGUUGGUAAACAUUAGAAAAGAGAUGCUGUUACUGCAUGAGAAAACGUCAAAGUUGAAAAGAAGAGCGCUCAAACUCCAGCAAAAGCGACAGAAAGAAGAACUAGACCGAGAACAGCAACGGGAGAAGGAACUGGAAAGAGAAAAACAAUUAACUGCCAAACCAGCAAAAAGGACAUGAAAGCCCAAUGUGCUUUGGCUUAUUGUGCUAAUUAUAGUAACCUUUGGACUUUUCUGGGGAAUACGACGAUCGCCUUGCACUCUCCUGUUCUAUUUUGCCAAGGAAGGUAUUAGCGCAGUCUUCAUAUUUUCACCUUGCUGUUUGCAAAGGAGCUAGGAACGGAAAGUGUACCACAGUAGCUUACUCCUAAUCACUUUUUGAUUAAUGCUUCUCUAAUAUUGCUGGGACAGAUUUAUUUUUUUUUGAAGAAAUAGGACACAGUCCAUGGUAGGGUGUCUAACCUUGGCAACUUUAAGACCUGUGGAUUUCAGAGAGCAUGGCUGGCUGGGGAAUUCUUGGAGUUGAAAUCCACAAGUCUUAAAAUCGCCAAGGCUGGAAACCCCUGCUCUAUGGCAUUAAUUCCAACAUCUUGCAAGGCCUCUGUUGGUGUGUAUUUGUCCCAAACCCAGAUAUGUUCCUUAACGGUUAACUCUACCUCAUUAAAUGUACUCUACACCACACUUCAGAGUAGUUA